AUGCCGUGCGAACACUGUCCCCACUGCAAAGAGCUCGAGGAGGUGCAGAGGUUGCUCGCCGAGCAGGACUCCCAGCAAUUCAGUGAGUUUGCUUUGUUUUCUCUUGUUUUUUUCAGUUUUUCAUCAAAGUUUGCGCGUUUCUUUGCAGAAAAAGCCCGUGCGGAUCCGGAAAGUCGCACUUGAUAAGGUCGCUCAGCAAGCUACUGAUUAGUUAGUUUGUUUCGAUUACUUUGUAAAAAAAAGGGGCGUGUUGCAAAAAAUUUUAUUUCCAAAAUGCCGAUAUUUUUACAUCAAUCGACGUAGAAUUUCACGGAAAAGAUUCUCUUGGACAUGAGUAUGAAAAUCACUUUUCAGACCGGCAGACGUCUUCAAAGAAACUGAGUAGGCCGGCGCCCACCUAUAAGACAAAUCACCUGUCUCCUUGGGCAAGUGAAAGUAGACCAAAGUUCACACGGAACAUUUUCUACGUUCGGAUAACCGUGCGAACAUUUUUGACAUAAAAUUAUCCGUUUUCUGUAGGAAAUAAAAUAAAAUUCCAAAUUUUCAUGAACAUCAAGUUUGCAGAUGUUGGUUUCCAAGAAGCGACCGUGUCCGUCAUUUCUCGUGACUCUCCGUCCCAAAAAAAGUAUCACAAAUCUGAUCGCGGACCAACAGGACACUCUGGUGUACACGGACCUCCUUCUGAUCGACACCGGAAAGCAGAUCCCGAGAAGCUUGUGGACGGAGCUUGACUCGAAGCUCAGUCUCCUCAUGAAUCAGUCGGAGAAGCGCAGCCGUUCGGACUAAAGGAAAUCGUCCUGUUUGCGGACUUCGAUCAGUGCCUGCCCUUUGUGAAGGACAAGAAGAGCGGAGAUGGAUCGAUAAAGCCGGUGCUGAAGGUGUUCAAGAAGUUCAGACUUCCCGAUCCGGAAGGCCCGCUCAACGAAUGACUACAGAAACUCAGAAGGGAGCCGAGAGUGACGAUCCCCAAAGAGAUCAUGGUGUAAGUUCACAGUUUUCUGAUUCAAAAAUUGUGGUAGCUGUGUUUCAGGAACAAUCUCGACGCUCUCAUCGAUAACGUCUUCGGGGACAUGUUCGACGAGCCCGUCAACCCGAACGCUGUGAUUUUGGCCCCGAGAAAGGCCGACGUGGAGAUGCUGAACAAGGAAGUGUUCAAGAGGAUCUCGGGGCCGGAAAGAUCGUUCGAAGCGGUCUUUGAUGGCUACGUCAUCCGCUCGGAUCUAAAUCUCCACGUGCUACAUCUGAAGGUACUCCUGUUCCACUGAAAUUAUCUAACGAAUAUGAGUUUUCAGGAGGAGUCGAUCCUAGUCCUCGAAGAGCAAUUCGGAGGACUUCCGAUCGGCACAAGGCUGCAGUACAACGAUAAUUUCAAGAACCAUCUGGUCUGCCGGAUCCUGGACGGCCCGCGUGCUGGCGAGUCUAUCGACGUCGGGCGUGUGCAGAGAAAACUCGCCGCACAAUCCACCGAUACCCAGCAGUGGGUGAUGCACUUCCCAGUGACUCUCGCCUUUGCCAUGACGAUCCACGGAUCGCAAGGAAGGCGGUUCGAGAAGGUCGGAUGCUGGAAGCUCGGAGAGGCCUUCGACCACGGGAUGGUGUACGCGGCGGUGUCCCGACACGAAGGAUCUGAGGAACCUGUGUAUUCUAUCUCGGAAAGAGGUUAUCCAGAAUAGAAUAGAUAAUAGUUUGAUCUGAAAUUGCCAUAUUCUUGUUCUCCUUUUCAUUUCUCCAGAAAAGAUCCUCACAAAUCGUUCUCAUAAAUAUUCUUUACUUUGCAUUGCUCUAACUAAGUACCGUUACCACUCGGUUUUCAUCCGAAUUUUUUCUAUAUUUCUGCUGAUUUUCCGAUGUUUUACCUUACUCAAUCGAUACUUCAGAUGGAGCAACAGUUUGGAGACGAGCUCCGCAAGGAGUUUGUCAGCCAAAUAACUGCCGAGAUGGCGAAACAUUUCAAGAAACGAUUUGGAGAAUUCGAGGAGAAGAUGAUUGCGGAUUAUCUCGAAGAAGGUAGUUCUAGAACACAUAUUGUUCACACUAAUCAGUCAUCCCUUUUUUUGUUCCAGGACUCUCCGCCGACGAAGCCAACGCCAAGUUGAAGGACGUAAUUGGAGCGAGACUUUUGGAGAAGGGCAUCGAUCUCGAGAAGCUUCUGCAGCCCUGUCUGAAAUGGUGCCCGCAGGACUUUUGUGCAUCAAAAGCGCAGGAAGAGCUCUACAAGACGAUCAUGUCGGACACAAAGAGUUCGUUCCUCGUCAAAGGACAAGCAGGAAAUGGAAAGACGACGCUCAUGAUUUUAAUAGCCGAGAACAUGAAAGGUAAUUGAACUUGACGUGCGCUCUUUUAAAAGUUUAUGAUUUUUUCUAAUUUUCAGCAGAAGAAACGCGUGUAGUGUGCACCGCCGGCACUCCUCAACUGGCCGCCCAAUACCACGAGGGAAUUCCGUUCAAAGAUUUAAUGGACAAACGUCAUCCGUCGAGCUACGACGUCAUCUUCAUCGACCACGGAAAUCUCAUUCCGAAAUCGACGCUUGGGGCGCUGGAUGAGAUGCUCCGCUCCGUUUGCGGCAUUCCGACGCCGUUCGGUGGGAAGAGGAUCAUCAUCGCCGCGGACUUUGAGCAACUUUUGCCCUACACGGAAGGAUUCGUGAAACGGGAAGAGGAGAGCCUCAGGGAAGCGGAAAUAUUGUCGGGUUUCAAGAAAGUCACGCUGGGCAAGCAGUCUGAGAAUAUCCCGGAGACGAAGAUGAAUAUUGUGUGAGUCUAGUGAUCUUUUAUUGCUCUCUCUAACAUCUCUCAGUCUUCAGCACCAGCGUGGAUCAACUAAUCACGAACACGUUCGGAGAAAUGACGGAUCCGCAAGAGUUCGAGCGGCGCGUGAUUCUUUCGCCGAUGAACCAUUACGUUGACACUUUGAACAAGGCGAUUCUGAAGCGAUAUCCCGGUCAGGAACUCGUGUUGACUGGUCGGAGCAAAGCGUGGAAGAAGGACGGCAAAAUACUGAACGGCACGGAAUACACUGAAGUGGUGAAUCGGAAACUACCGGACGAUAAGCUCGCGCUGAAGCCGAAUGCGAUUGUCGCUCUGAUGAGGGCUCAAGAAGGAUUCCCGAAAGGAACACGUCUGAUCUUCCUCGAGAAAAACGGAGAUGUGCUGAAAUGCAAAGUCCUGACGGGUCUUCGUCGCGGAACAGAAGUGUUUGUCCGUCCAAUGGAGCUAGAUUCCGGGCCGAUGUACCAAGGGAAGGUGAAGUUCGUCGUUCGCCGAAGGCAGUAUCCGAUCCAGCUCGAGUUCGCGAUGACCAUUGAUCAGUCACAAGGACAGUUCUUCGAUGUCGUCGGCUUGUACGAGAUGCAGGCCGCCCUCCACUACGGACAACAGUACACGGCCGAGACGCGAUGCCGUCCGGGCGGUCUGCUUCUCGAGUGCUCCUUGAACUGACUUUUACUUUUUGCUCCGUUUCAUGUAUAGCUUUUCUGUUCUCAAAGAUGCCUCAUUACUAACCUUCCUCAAUGCUCAGAUUCUCUCUCACGUUCACACCUUGACAUUAAAUUCUGAUUUUUCUUACAUUUUGAAAAUAAUAAAUGUUGUUCUUUUUAUUUUGCUAAUCUUGAUCGACCUUUCCGAGCAGUUCGCUUCAAUUUUUGCGGCAAAAUUGAAGCACGCUCAGUGGUUAGCUCAGCGGGGGCUUUUGAAAACUGGAAUAUUGGUUUUGAAAGUCCCUCUCUCGAACUGUGUCGUUAGUUUAGGAUGGUUCCUUUAAUCACUUAAAAGGUUCCCUUGUCAAUGUUCAGAUUCUCACUUUUUCACCUUCACAUGCAAUUUUUUUUCUAAUUUUUUGAAAUUAAUAAAUAGUAUUUUUUUUGUCAAACUUUUACACUUUCUCCUAAGAUUACAAUAGGAGCAAGCGCGCUCCGCCGCACAAAGCGACAUUUUAUAGCGAAAUUCGAAUUUUAAACGCAACUUUCGUAUUUUUCGCAACAUUAGUCAAGAAAAAUUCGGAAUUUCUUGUCAUUCUAUAAAACAAUUGAAUAGGUCAGAACUAUUUUUUUAGCUCAAGAUCGUGAAAUUCUGUCAAUUCGAAAUUGAGAUUAAUCCGUUAGAAGUUUUUUGUCUUAAACUGCGUGAAUGUUCGAUUUCUGGAGAUAACUUGAAAAAACCGAAAGUCCCAUGUAUGAAAAGCCGGGCCGUGCGUUUUCACGUUGACAUGGAGCAAGAGUGUAAGCAAAAGCACAUGUCUUCGUGUCAAUUCAACUGAAUUUUCUUCUUUUUCAGGUCGCGAUCCUCGGACAGAAUGAGAAGAGCCAAGUGGAGAAGGGAUAGGCCCACAUUGCGUGUGGAGGCAGGUGCCAAGUCUACAUUAACCUCACUGGGAUCAUUGACAUCACCAAGGAGGUAUAAUACUUUUUGCUGUUUUGGAAACUCUAAGUUAACAAUUUCAGAUCGAAAAGCGCGGCGCCAAGCUGCAAAAGAACGAGAUUUCAGUGAAGGAGAUCACUGAAUUGCAAGCCAGCGCCGACUAUGAAACAAAAGUCCCGUCCGGAAUCCGUGUUCGCGAUCAGGAGAAGAAGACGUCGCUGGAGAAGGAGAUUGACAAUAUGACCGCUGCGAUUUCCCAGCUGAAGGCUCUCGAUUAG